UUUCCUCCCGUCCCCUCCCCCCACCCUUUCCUCUUUUAAAAUAAUUCAAUGAUGCUUCGGGAUCACUAGCACACCCUCCUUCAGCUGAGCGCGGGACUCUGCAUUAAUUCAAGAGCAAUGUUCUGUGAUGGUGCCCGAGAUGCGUGGACUGAGCCCAGGCCGAAGGCUGCCCGAGCCCACCCUGUGCCCGGCUACAGGAGGGAGCCCUGAGCCCGGGGCUGCUGGCAGGCGCCGCCACGUCCUGGCUCUGCCUGAUGAGGAGGCAUGGCGGCCGCAGCAGUGCGCCCUGCUCGAGGCCGAUGCCUCCGACGAGGUGGGCAUGUUGCCUGCUUCCCCGCGCUCUGCGGUGGCCGGCUUCGACAACUUCUUCCCGGUGCAGGAAGGCGAGGGCCCGGGCUGGGAGGGCAGCACCACGCUGGAUGCAGGCUCCAGCCCCUUCCUCCCUGUGAGCCCAGAGGUCAUGAAGCGGAGGCGAGGGGGGCUCAUCGAGCAGCGGGACAUCAUCAAGGCCCACGAGGCACACAAGAUGCAGAGCACCCCGCAGGCCCGGCGCAAGGAGUGGGAGAUGGCUCGCUUCGGGGAGGCGGUGGUCGUUGGCAGGCCAGGCUCAGGCGAUGGAGACUCGGACCAGAGCAGGAACCGACAAGGAACCCCCGUCCCGGCCUCGGGGCCGGCGGCCGCCUACAAGCAGUCAAAAGCGCAGAGGGCGCGGACUAUGGCUUUGUACAACCCCAUACCAGUCCGGCAGAACUGUUUCACGGUCAACAGAUCCCUGUUCAUCUUCGGAGAAGAUAACAUUGUCAGGAAAUACGCCAAGAAGCUCAUCGAUUGGCCGCCAUUUGAGUACAUGAUCCUGGCCACCAUCAUUGCCAACUGCAUCGUCUUGGCCCUGGAGCAGCAUCUUCCUGAGGAUGACAAGACCCCAAUGUCUCGAAGACUGGAGAAGACAGAACCAUAUUUCAUUGGGAUCUUCUGCUUUGAAGCUGGGAUCAAAAUUGUGGCUCUAGGGUUCAUCUUCCAUAAGGGUUCAUACCUCCGUAAUGGCUGGAAUGUCAUGGACUUCAUCGUGGUCCUUAGUGGUAUCCUGGCCACUGCGGGAACCCACUUCAACACCCACGUGGACCUGCGGACCCUCCGGGCUGUGCGUGUCCUGAGGCCUUUAAAGCUGGUAUCAGGAAUACCUAGCCUGCAAAUCGUGCUGAAGUCUAUCAUGAAGGCCAUGGUGCCUCUUCUGCAGAUUGGCCUUCUGCUCUUCUUUGCCAUCCUCAUGUUUGCUAUCAUUGGCUUGGAGUUCUACAGUGGCAAGUUGCAUCGAGCGUGCUUCAUGAACAAUUCAGGUAUUCUAGAGGGGUUUGAUCCCCCUCACCCGUGUGGUGUGCAGGGCUGCCCGGCUGGUUAUGAAUGUAAGGACUGGAUCGGCCCCAAUGACGGGAUCACCCAGUUUGACAACAUCCUUUUUGCCGUGCUGACUGUCUUCCAAUGCAUCACUAUGGAAGGGUGGACCACUGUGCUGUACAAUACCAAUGAUGCCUUAGGAGCCACCUGGAACUGGCUGUACUUCAUCCCCCUCAUCAUCAUCGGAUCCUUCUUCGUUCUCAACCUCGUCCUGGGAGUGCUUUCCGGGGAAUUUGCCAAAGAAAGAGAGAGAGUGGAGAACCGAAGAGCAUUCAUGAAGCUCCGGCGCCAGCAACAGAUUGAGCGAGAAUUGAAUGGCUACCGUGCCUGGAUAGACAAAGCAGAGGAAGUCAUGCUUGCUGAAGAAAAUAAAAACUCGGGAACAUCAGCCUUGGAAGUGCUUCGAAGGGCAACCAUCAAAAGGAGCCGGACGGAGGCCAUGACCCGAGACUCCAGCGAUGAGCACUGCGUUGAUAUCUCUUCAGUGGGCACACCUCUUGCCAGAGCCAGUAUCAAGAGCACAAAAGUAGACGGAGCCUCCUAUUUCCGGCACAAGGAACGGCUUCUGCGCAUCUCUAUCCGCCACAUGGUCAAGUCCCAAGUCUUUUACUGGAUCGUCCUGAGUGUUGUGGCUCUUAAUACUGCCUGUGUGGCCAUUGUUCAUCACAACCAGCCACAAUGGCUCACUCACCUCCUCUACUAUGCAGAGUUUUUGUUUCUGGGACUCUUCCUGUUGGAGAUGUCCCUGAAGAUGUAUGGCAUGGGGCCACGCCUCUAUUUUCACUCAUCCUUCAACUGCUUUGAUUUUGGGGUCACAGUGGGCAGCAUCUUUGAGGUUGUCUGGGCAAUCUUCAGACCUGGCACAUCUUUCGGAAUCAGUGUCUUACGAGCUCUCCGGCUCCUAAGGAUAUUUAAAAUAACCAAGUAUUGGGCAUCCCUCCGGAAUCUGGUUGUCUCCUUGAUGAGCUCCAUGAAGUCUAUCAUCAGCUUACUCUUCCUCCUCUUCCUCUUCAUCGUUGUCUUUGCUCUCCUGGGAAUGCAGCUCUUUGGAGGCAGGUUUAACUUUAAUGAUGGGACUCCUUCAGCUAAUUUUGACACCUUCCCUGCAGCUAUCAUGACAGUGUUCCAGAUCCUGACCGGGGAAGACUGGAAUGAGGUGAUGUACAAUGGCAUUCGCUCCCAGGGUGGGGUCAGCUCAGGCAUGUGGUCUGCCAUCUACUUCAUUGUGCUCACCUUGUUUGGAAACUACACGCUGCUGAAUGUAUUCUUGGCCAUUGCUGUGGAUAAUCUGGCCAAUGCCCAGGAACUGACCAAGGAUGAGCAGGAGGAAGAAGAAGCCUUCAACCAGAAACAUGCACUGCAGAAGGCCAAGGAGGUCAGCCCGAUGUCUGCUCCCAACAUGCCUUCCAUUGAAAGAGACAGAAGGAGAAGACACCACAUGUCGAUGUGGGAGCCACGCAGCAGCCACCUGAGGGAGCGGAGGCGCCGGCACCACAUGUCUGUGUGGGAACAGCGCACCAGCCAGCUGAGGAGGCACAUGCAAAUGUCUAGCCAAGAAGCCCUCAACAAAGAGGAGGCCCCGCCAAUGAACCCCCUCAAUCCACUCAACCCACUGAGUCCUCUCAACCCCCUCAAUGCUCACCCCAGCCUCUAUCGGAGGCCCAGGCCCAUUGAGGGUCUAGCCCUGGGUCUGGGUCUUGAAAAGUGUGAAGAGGAACGCAUCAGUCGUGGGGGCUCCCUCAAAGGGGACAUAGGGGGCCUGACUAGCGCCCUGGACAACCAGAGGAGCCCCUUGUCCUUGGGCAAACGGGAGCCACCGUGGCUGCCUAGAUCCUGUCAUGGAAACUGUGACCCAACCCAGCAGGAGGCUGGGGGAGGAGAGACUGUGGUGACUUUUGAGGAUCGGGCCAGGCACAGGCAGAGUCAGAGGCGAAGCCGGCAUCGCCGAGUCAGAACUGAGGGCAAGGAGUCUGCCUCUGCCUCCCGAAGCAGGUCUGCCAGCCAAGAGCGGAGUCUGGAUGAAGGGGUGUCCAUUGAGGGGGAGAAGGAGCAUGAGCCUCACAGCAGCCACAGGAGCAAAGAGCCGACCAUCCAUGAAGAGGAGAGAACCCAGGACUUAAGGAGGACCAACAGUCUGAUGGUACCCAGGGGCUCUGGACUGGGAGGGGCUCUUGAUGAAGCAGAAACACCUCUAGUCCAGCCCCAACCUGAGCUGGAAGUGGGGAAGGAUGCAGCUCUGACAGAGCAGGAGGCUGAAGGCAGCAGUGAACAAGCCCUUCUUGGGGACGUACAGCUGGAUGUGGGCCGGGGCAUUAGCCAGAGUGAACCAGAUCUUUCCUGCAUGACAGCCAACAUGGACAAGGCUACCACGGAGAGCACCAGUGUCACGGUCGCCAUCCCUGAUGUGGACCCCUUGGUGGACUCAACAGUGGUGAACAUCAGCAACAAGACGGAUGGAGAAGCCAGUCCCUUGAAGGAGGCAGAGACUAAAGAGGAAGAAGAAGAGGCAGAGAAGAAGAAGAAGCAGAAGAAGGAGAAGCGGGAGACUGGCAAAGCCAUGGUGCCCCAUAGCUCUAUGUUCAUCUUCAGCACCACUAAUCCGAUCCGCAGGGCCUGCCACUACAUUGUGAACCUCCGCUACUUUGAAAUGUGCAUUCUCUUGGUGAUUGCGGCCAGCAGCAUUGCCCUGGCAGCCGAGGACCCUGUACUAACUAACUCGGAGCGUAACAAAGUCCUGAGAUAUUUCGACUAUGUUUUCACGGGAGUGUUUACCUUUGAAAUGGUUAUAAAGAUGAUAGACCAAGGCUUGAUCCUUCAGGAUGGAUCAUACUUCCGAGACCUCUGGAACAUCCUGGACUUUGUGGUAGUGGUUGGUGCAUUGGUUGCAUUUGCUCUGGCGAACGCUUUGGGAACCAACAAGGGGAGGGAUAUCAAGACUAUCAAGUCUCUGAGGGUGCUUCGAGUUCUGAGGCCACUGAAAACCAUCAAGCGCUUGCCCAAGCUGAAGGCUGUGUUUGACUGCGUGGUGACCUCCUUGAAGAAUGUCUUCAACAUACUCAUUGUCUACAAGCUCUUCAUGUUCAUCUUUGCCGUCAUCGCUGUUCAGCUAUUCAAAGGAAAGUUCUUUUAUUGCACUGACAGUUCCAAGGACACAGAGAAGGAGUGCAUAGGCAACUAUGUAGACCAUGAGAAAAACAAGAUGGAGGUAAAGGGCCGGGAAUGGAAGCGUCAUGAAUUCCACUAUGACAACAUCAUCUGGGCCCUGCUUACCCUCUUCACCGUCUCAACGGGGGAAGGAUGGCCUCAGGUUCUACAGCACUCUGUAGAUGUGACAGAGGAGGACAGAGGCCCAAGUCGCAGCAACCGUAUGGAGAUGUCCAUCUUUUAUGUGGUCUACUUUGUGGUCUUCCCUUUCUUCUUUGUCAAUAUCUUCGUGGCUCUCAUUAUCAUCACCUUCCAGGAGCAAGGGGACAAGAUGAUGGAGGAAUGUAGCCUGGAGAAGAAUGAGCGGGCAUGCAUUGACUUCGCCAUUAGUGCCAAGCCUCUCACCCGCUACAUGCCACAGAACAGACACACCUUCCAGUACCGUGUGUGGCACUUUGUAGUCUCCCCAUCCUUUGAGUAUACCAUCAUGGCCAUGAUUGCCUUGAACACUGUCGUGCUGAUGAUGAAGUACUACUCUGCUCCUUGCACCUAUGAGCUCGCCCUAAAGUACCUGAACAUCGCCUUCACUAUGGUGUUUUCCCUGGAGUGUGUCCUAAAGGUCAUCGCUUUCGGCUUCCUGAACUACUUCCGAGAUACCUGGAACAUCUUUGACUUCAUCACGGUGAUCGGCAGUAUCACAGAAAUUAUCCUGACAGACAGCAAGCUGGUGAACACCAGUGGCUUCAAUAUGAGCUUUCUGAAGCUCUUCCGAGCUGCACGGCUCAUAAAGCUUCUGAGACAGGGCUACACCAUCCGCAUCUUACUGUGGACCUUCGUGCAGUCCUUUAAGGCUCUUCCUUAUGUCUGCCUUCUGAUUGCCAUGCUUUUCUUCAUCUACGCCAUCAUUGGGAUGCAGGUGUUUGGAAACAUCAAGUUAGAUGAGGAGAGUCACAUCAACCGGCACAACAACUUCCGGAGUUUCUUUGGGUCCCUCAUGCUGCUUUUCAGGAGUGCCACAGGGGAGGCUUGGCAGGAGAUUAUGCUGUCCUGUCUCGGUGAGAAGGGCUGCGAGCCUGACACCACCGCACCCUCAGGGCAGAAUGAGAGUGAGCGCUGUGGCACCGACCUGGCCUACGUUUAUUUUGUCUCCUUCAUCUUCUUCUGCUCCUUCCUGAUGCUCAACCUGUUCGUGGCUGUCAUCAUGGACAACUUUGAGUACCUGACUCGAGAUUCCUCCAUCCUGGGGCCUCACCACUUAGAUGAAUUUGUCCGUGUCUGGGCAGAAUAUGACAGAGCAGCAUGUGGCCGCAUCCAUUACACUGAGAUGUAUGAAAUGCUGACUCUCAUGUCACCACCGCUAGGCCUCGGCAAGAGAUGUCCCUCCAAAGUGGCCUAUAAGAGGUUGGUCCUGAUGAACAUGCCAGUGGCUGAGGACAUGACAGUCCACUUCACCUCCACACUUAUGGCUCUGAUCCGGACAGCUCUGGACAUUAAAAUCGCCAAAGGUGGUGCAGACAGACAGCAGCUAGACUCAGAGCUUCAAAAAGAGACCCUGGCCAUUUGGCCUCACCUGUCCCAAAAGAUGUUGGAUCUGCUAGUGCCCAUGCCCAAAGCCUCUGACCUGACUGUGGGCAAGAUCUAUGCAGCAAUGAUGAUCAUGGACUACUAUAAACAGAGUAAGGUAAAGAAACAGAGACAGCAGCUGGAAGAACAGAAAAAUGCACCCAUGUUCCAGCGCAUGGAGCCCUCAUCACUGCCUCAGGAGAUCAUUGCUAAUGCCAAAGCCCUGCCUUAUCUCCAGCAGGACCCUGUUUCUGGCCUGAGUGGUCGGAGUGGAUACCCUUCAAUGAGUCCACUCUCCCCUCAAGAAAUAUUCCAGUUGGCUUGUAUGGACCCAGCGGAUGAUGGGCAAUUCCAGGAACAACAAUCUCUGGAGCCAGAGGUUAGUGAAUUAAAAAGUGUGCAGUCCUCUAACCAUGGCAUCUACCUUCCUCCGGACACCCAGGAGCAUGCGGGAUCUGGGAGGGCAUCCUCUAUGCCACGUCUGACUAUGGAUCCCCAGGUGGUAACAGACCCUAGCUCUAUGCGACGUUCAUUUUCUACAAUUCGGGAUAAGCGUUCAAAUUCCUCCUGGUUGGAGGAGUUCUCCAUGGAACGCAGCAGUGAAAACACUUACAAGUCACGGCGCAGAAGUUACCACUCCUCCCUGAGGCUGUCAGCACACCGCCUGAAUUCUGACUCCGGUCACAAGUCUGACACUCACCGCUCAGGAGGCAGGGAGAGAGGCCGAUCCAAAGAACGAAAGCACCUCCUCUCUCCGGAUGUCUCCCGCUGCAAUUCUGAGGAGCGAGGGACCCAGGCUGACUGGGAGUCCCCAGAACGUCGCCAGUCCAGGUCACCCAGUGAAGGAAGGUCACAGACCCCCAACAGACAGGGUACUGGUUCCCUAAGUGAGAGCUCCAUCCCCUCUAUUUCCGACACCAGCACCCCAAGACGAAGCCGUCGCCAGCUCCCACCUGUGCCACCAAAGCCUCGUCCCCUCCUCUCCUACAGCUCCCUGAUGAGACACACUGGCGGCAUCUCUCCACCUCCUGAUGGAAGUGAGGGUGGAUCCCCACUGGCCUCUCAAGCUCUGGAGAGCAACAGCGCUUGCCUGACCGAGUCUUCCAACUCCUUGCACCCCCAGCAGGGUCAGCAUCCUUCCCCACAGCACUACAUCUCCGAGCCCUAUCUGGCCCUCCAUGAAGACUCCCACGCCUCAGACUGUGGCGAGGAGGAGACACUCACCUUUGAGGCAGCCGUAGCCACUAGCUUGGGCCGAUCCAAUACCAUUGGCUCUGCGCCACCCCUACGGCACAGCUGGCAGAUGCCUAAUGGGCACUAUCGGCGGCGGAGGCGUGGGGGGCCUGGGCCUGGCAUGAUGUGUGGAGCUGUCAGUGACCUCCUGAGUGACACGGAAGAAGACGAUAAGUGCUAGAGGCUGCCAUCCCCUCCGAUGCAUGCUCUUCUCUCACAAGGAGAAAACCAAGACCAAAUUGGGAAGCCAGUGCGGCCCGGGGGGGAGGAAGAGGGAGAAGAAAGAUGGAGAAAGGACGCCAAUGCAUCCUCAGAGAAGAGGAAGGAAAAGACAGAUGGAAAAACCAGUCGAACCCACCAAUUUGGAUUAUUUCCCUUUGCAACAUGGGCACUGCCAUAGUCCUGCCUCUUUGCUGGGGAAAAAAGAUACAAGAAUGUGGGGGGUUUAUCCCCAUGGGAGAAGGGACGUGAAGGUGGCUUGGCUUCCGUUGCCCCUUCCCACUUUUCUAUAAGCUGCGGCAGGAUCUGGCUGACCUGUGUCUAAGCUCAUUGCCCUGGGCAGCUGAGAAGACUUUCUGGCAUCUUAAUGAGGGAAGAGUUGAAAUUGCAGGAGAAGAAUCUCCUCGCCAGCUCUUGCACUUUGGCUGCCCCCGGGGGCAACCGCAGCAGCAUCUCAUGCAUUAUCUUGGGGCUUGCUUUCCCCAAAGAGACACAUGCUAAAUCUGGAGCACUGGAUGCUAGUGGGAGAUGGGAGGGAGGGAGAGAAGGGCCAGAGUAGAAGGGCCUAAGGUGCUGUGGCAACAGCAGCAAGGGCUGGUCUGGGUGAGAAAAGCCAUAGCCCAGCAGCCUGUACCAUGAAGGUGAGGGUCAAAGAAACAGAACUGGAGGUGCUGGUGGGUACAGUCCAAGACUCUAACAUUUGUAACUCACACAGUAGGUGCUGUGUAGGUAGGCUAGAUAAGGAGGUUCUCCGGGGCCCACAAAGGUGCCUGUAGCUCUUGUAAGGGUAAUAUUAACUCCAAUAGCAAGGGCCCCAACCCCAGAAGGGUUCAGCCACAGUAUAGGAACUCCACGCAGUUCUCCACCUUGGCUCUUUAGAUACUAGUCAGAGGGAACCCCCAACAGUAGGGGUGAGGUAGAUGGGGAGACUUAAGGCACUCUAGGCAGACUCAGUUUUCCAACAAACAUAAAAGGAACUCAGUGUUGGUGUCAGGGCUGUGACCACAGUGGGCUGGAGGCAGGCAGCAGGCCUCUGUCAGACAGCAAGGCUAAUGCUAAGCCAAGCCCAGAAAAGCCAGGUAUUAGCAACUACAUGUUCUCUGCCACUUCUCCAAAUGGACAGGGAACACAUAUCCAAGGGGGGUCACUUUGUAAUGAGUUCUCUAAAGAUGAGAAAUCCUGGUAGAUGGAAAUGGCAGUGUUCCCAAAGGGCAUCAGCCUGGGGAUCCCCUGUGAGGAGAAGUCCUUGAGCCUGAAGCUCAUGCAGCUUGGUUUGGGGUUUGGGGAGUCAGUUGGUGAAGAUGCUUUAAGAUAAUUAAGUAACUAUACCUCAGUUUUGACCUGAGCUGCUGAUUUUAGUAAAAUAGGCUUUGAUGUGGCUCCCACUAUCUCUGAAUAUUCCCUGGGCCAGGCCUGGGUUCCAUCCCUCCCCAGAGUGAAGGAUGGGUAGAAGACAACCUCGGGCCACUGAGUCAUUCCUAAUCCCCCAAACCAGAAACACCAAGGGAACUUAGGACCCUUCCUCAGCACUUCCAUCAAUAACACAGUCAAAAGUUCCAUUCUGUGGAAUGCAUCCCCCCUCCCUUAAGCUUCUCUCUAGUAUCAUCAGAGUGGGUGAACAGGAGCAGGGUGCAGGGUGUUGGGCAGGACUGCCCUCUCUGGCCUCUGCACAGGACCCUCUCCAGUGAGACUGGAGGCCAACACACUGAAAGCUCAGUGGAUCGAGUCUUUAUCCUCUUCCAGACUAGGCAGAGUCUUUUGGGACUCUUGUGUAGGAGCAGCAUUUCUUAGAAGAAAAUUCUCUUUUCAUAUGACAUUUCCUUUCUAUUCUUCUGUCCCAUUCUUUCUAACCCUGGGCUGACACCACAGCAGCAGCAGUUCUGAAAAGCCAAGUUCAUCCACGUGGCCACAGCCAUCUGCCACAGUCUGCCUUCUCUUUUGAGUAUUGAUGGAGCUUUCAUGAACCAUGGUCAGCCCCAAACCAAAGUCGUCCCAUGACAGGUGACCAGCGAGGCCAACCUAAGGCCUACCAACCCUCAGAUCCUCCCCUUCCACCUCCAUUGUCCUCUCCCUGUAUGCUCAGGGGCAGAUAAGAAUACAAGCAUGAUCCUAAGGGACAUAUGUGAUUGUUACAUAAGACAGAUGCUGGGACUUGUGUUGUUUUUAAGGUUUUCUCUGCUCAGCCUCAUUCCAUGCCAAAGUGCUGAUGCUAUAGGCCUCUUUGUGUGCACAAAAUUGCUUUCCACGAUAUUGGACAUGCAACUUUGCUUAGGGGAAGUCUGCAACAGGAUGGCCAUUCUGAGCCAGCAAACCUGUUGGAUGGUGGUUUGUGAAAGUCAAUUGCAGAGAUAUAGCACUACCAUUCCUAUAAUUGGAGAAAUGUGGGCUGGCAGCACAAUGACCAGAUAUGGAAUUCACCUGCAAUGGAUAGUAUCAGUAAAUGCACACACAUGCACGCACGUGCACACACACAAACAGCAUUGUAAAGAUAUCAAGUAUUAUAGCUGUGGUCAAUUAACUGAUCACAUAGUUUAUUUUUUAGCACUGGUGACCUUAUAAACAUUUCUUUGUUCAACUUACCCUGGGUUUCUUUUAUCUUGGACAACACUUACCCUUCAUUAAGACCAGAACAUAGAAGAAUUUUUAUUAAGCCACAAACACAUUAUUAUAAUAAUCUCCAGUUUCCUACUGCCUCCUAAUAAACUUGAAUGCCAACCUUCCUUGUAGCUAACCGGGGCUUUCCCUCCUAGCUAUCAGAGCCUGCAUCUUUCUCUUUAAAGGGAAGCUGCUUUCUCAAAGCCCAUGUUUCUCCUUGCAUCUUCCGGUACAUAGCACGACUCUUUGGGUGUGGAAAGUCUUCUUGCAGAAUUCUUUAGUCAGAUAUCUCAUUACCCUGGCAAAAACAUUUGGUCCUCAUCACCUCAAAACAAGAGAGCGGAGAAGAGGGGGCAUGACAAGCAGAAGCCAGGCAGGGAGGUGGUAUGACUGUGCUUGUGUUUGGGCAUGCCUUUUCUCUUAAGGUUCCAGACAGCUUUUCAUGUCCCUACCUUCAUAUCUGUAGGAGGGUACAACAGCCUUCAAAGGGACAGGAGGUUCAAGCCAAUGUGCCCUGUGUGUCAGGAAAAACACAUGCCCAUGAAGGAAUGAUACCCUCUAGUACCACCAGGCUCCACAUGAGCCAUGCUGAUAGGUUCCAAGGGGAGGGAGUUAUACCAAACCUGAGGAUUCUAAUUUAACUGAAGUUUUCACUUCUGGUUCCAGCUUGUUCCAGAUGUUCUGAACAUUUCUCUCCCUUCACUCUGAGGCCCCACAAAGAAUACCCCAUAUCCCAGCCUUUAGUCAGCCUCUCCCUCUCCCACCUACGUCCAUUCCCCCACCACCACAGAUUCUUUGUGAGAACUGCAGUGCUCCUGGGUCUUCCAGUCUAGUCUUUGUUUUGCUGCAUGUUAGCACACCCCGAGAUGGUUACAUCCAAGUGUGUGUGAUGCAGUAACUGCUUCUGCCAUGCUGUUAGGAAAUGGUUCCUGCUCAUGAAGCAUUGUCCUGAAGCCUACCGGGUGAGCUUCACAAGACCAUUUCAAGUGAACUGUAAAAGAGUGUACGCAGGUCUAUGUUCCUAAUAGAGGCUCACUACAGAGAGAUUAGGUCUCUUUGGUGUAGCGGAACAAAUUUUUUAAGUAAUUUCGAUUUAUUUUUAAACAUGAAUAUUUUUGUUACAUUUCUUUCUGAAGCCUGUAAUGUCUGUUUCAUUUUUUUUUUUUUGAUAGAAUUUCUAGGUAGGUAGAGCAGGGAGUUGGGGACUUUGUUUCUCGGCUCAGUUAUAACAAUGGCAAAGUUGAAGUUCUAUGUAAAGGAAAGGUGGACAGUGGGAGGGAAUCAGGUUGUCUCCUGAUGUGCAGAGAUUUUUCUGAGGCUUGAAAGAACUUUCACUGCAGUUAUCCCUAUAACAGGGUCAUGUCUGUCAUGUUUUGAAACAAUUUUCCCAAGGCUUGAAGCUACUGAGGCAAAGCAGCCCAUUCCUUGGGAAGGAUUCCCUGUCCCACCCAGCCUGGAUGUGUCCUUCCCUCCUGGCCCCCCAGAGUGUCACAUACUCCAAGAGAAGUGGGAAUACUUUAUGAAGCAGGUAGAAGAGGGUCAACUGACCCCAUGUAGGUGACCAGUCACAGCGUGAUGAUUAACACCAGACAAGAACCCCUAAGGAAUCUGAUGCAGUUCAGAUGAGUUGUCUUUAAAUAUCUCUACAUGGAGAAUCUUCUCUUAACAAAAGCUAAAGAAAAUUAACUUAGGGGCUAUGACCCAACUCUUUCAUGAAUGUGAUCAGAGGCAGCCCUGUUAAGUGCUGUCUGUACCAGUAAGUAGCCUUUUGCAGUGUUUCCUCUCUGAACCACCCAGAACAUCCUAGUCAGGUCUGUCCCAAACAGCAGCAGCUGAUACCUUCUCCAUUGGCCAAAGACUGCUAGGGUGUUUUGUCAGCUCUACACCCAUAGUACACAGAUGUACUACAUGAGGGGGAAAGGUAUGGAAAAAAAAUAAUCCUAUUUGCUUUCUGGCAGCCAUCUUUUCCUUUCCGUGAAUCUUUUUGGUGUUUUGGGGUUUUCCCCCUUAAUUAAUUUCAUCUGUGUGGUGUGUAUUCCAGAGAAGUCACAUGACACCAAAACAACAAACUCACAAAUUGGUCCAACCUACCCCAAGUGUCUAGAAAGCAUCUCUGAAUAGAGUUCAAGUUAGCUCAUUUAAUGGGGGCUCCCAGCAAAGUCUAAUAUGAUUCCUGGUAAGGUCUGGGCCCUUGCUUCUAUUUUUAAUAGGUUUCUUUCUGCCCAUACACUUCUAUCAUGCUAUGUACUGGAAGGUUAGUGUCUUAACCUUCUAGAUGCAAAAAGAGACUUUAUAAUAAGCCAUGCUACUACUAUGUAAAUACAUUCUUGGGUUUCAAGUUCUUGUUUAUCUAGUUUUGGAAGAGUUGGAGAGACAAUAUAGAAGUAUUGAGAUUAAUGUUUAUUUUUAUCAGUUUGGUAGUUUUUGUUCGAUUGAUUAUUCCAAGUAUUUUGGAACAGGCCCAAUCUAGGACAGCCAAGAAGGAUAAAUCUGUGUUCUACAGUAUUCCGAAUUUGCUUCUUUUCUAAGAUUAAUUUCUGUCAAAUUAGUGCUAUGAUAAUUGAGUCAAAAACCUGAAGUUACUGUCUCCUCCCAUCCCUGUCCCCACCCCACCCUUCUGUCUAGUUAAGUGGCCUUGGACCCUUGUCUCCCCUUGCCUCUCCUCUUUCAAAGGUCUGAAAAUAUAACUUAGAUUUAUGGAAAAAAAGAAAACCUGCCUUCCCCAGCAAAUCAGUCAAAGUCAAGGAAAUUAUAAGAUACAGAAUUAUUUCAGAACAACCCUUAGCCAAUACAUAAUACAGAAUGUAUUUUUCAGUAAGAAGCCAAGUUUAAACAAUAUAGCAAUGUGACAAAUGAACAUCAUAGGAAGAGAUAGUGAGUACUAUCCAGGCUUCACAACUCAUCUGUGCCUUCAGUAAGGAUAUUGCAUGUAUUUCCUUUCCCUAGUUAGGGAAAUUGAAAUUCUGAUGAUGCUUGACUAGUUCAUGUGUGUGCCGAGGGCUUGUGAGUUAAUAAUUAUAAAGCACGUGUCUCCACGAGUCAAGUUGGAAAAACUUUCACUCACUAUAUCCCUCCCAUCAAGGACUUGGGAACUUCUUGGCAUUUCUUCUAAGCAUUGGAUUUUUUUAAGGACACCUCCAUCUUAAUGGGACUGAGGCUAAGUUUGCUUUACUCCUGCUUUCUACAUCUCAUAUUUUCUUCUCACGUUAGCACUCUUUUUCUUUUCUUAAUCCAUGCUGUUUUCAUUAAUCAGAAAAGAUGAAUUCCUCCAACAAACUUCCUACUACCAUCUUCUCUUUGUAGACACUUAAGUCAGAGAGUGAAUAACCAGAAACUAACACAGAAGACAAUUACCUAGCCUGGGUUAGAAAUGUGAGUGAAUUUUAUUUUAAUUUUUUUUCCUACAAGUUUUCUAGAGAUAAAAAUAGGUUGCUCUCUAUAUUCUGAAAGGAGAUGUUUCAACUCGGAUUGCAUAGUUGCACCACUUCCUCUUUGGUUCUCAGAGAUGAUAUCCCCUAAACUAAAAAGGAAGCCAUCAUCCUCAUCUGCCGUAUCUGACUUGGACCUGAUUUGACGACGCAGCUGUUUUCUUUGCAUCAUUCUUAUUUCUUAUAGAUGAUAGUCUAUAUUGCCCAAGAGCUGAUGCUUUAAAGCAAUUCUAUCAAGGGUAUUUAUGAGAUGAACAAGGAAAACAUUUAAAUGUGUCAAGUGCCAUUAAUCCAUUUUUAAAAUAACGGUAAUAUGAAAUGAGGGCUAAAUAGUGUAAUCUAACUGCCAAUUAAAGUACACAGUAGUUCUGGUCUUAGUUGCCUUUGAUAUGAAGUUAUAGGCCAUUAAGCAGAUCCCCGUGGGUUUAGUAAAAACAUAGGCAUAGUGUUUUAAUGGCUACAAUAGGGGUGUACAUUUAGACCACAGGUUGAACUUUAAUCAGUGUUUUUCUAUCCUGGUGUUUUGUGAACAAUCCAAAAUUUCUACAAAGCUACCCUAAGUGCUGCAAUUGUAGAGGAACUUCCCUCUUGGUGGCAUUAGAAUGCUGUCCAAGGCCACUCAGGCUGAAUCCAAGAUUUAGAAUUCACCCAGAAAACCACCAAUGGAGAAACACUUAAUGCACCAAGUAUGUUUGACAUUCUGUACUGGGGACAAGUGAGUAUGGAGAAAGAGAGACACUAGUGAACAAAGACAAAGUUGACAUGGGAGAUAUAAAAAGCCCCAGAAGAGGACAGGCUUAAAGAUGGUUGACUUUGGAUUCUACUUCUUGCUUAGAUUUGGGGUAAAUGCUUUAGCAUGAUAUUGGAUUCAGAGGGGUUGCUUUUGGUAAACUGAUUUGAAUCCCCCCAAAAUUAGUGGGUCAAUGAACAUCCUUUCCAGACCUGACAGAUGGAGGAGACAAAAAGCAGCCCAAAGAAUCUAUGACUUCAGAAACUCGUAUAGUAAGCCAAUAUUGCAGAGGGCACCGUACCCUUCUUAGCAGCCUUUGUGCCAUAGGAGGGGGAAAGAGCCCAUGUAGGGGACAGGAGGUUUUUUUGUCAGGAAUAAAUUUCAAAUGGUAAGGUGCACUGGUACUAACCUCAAAGGCCAACAUUGUGGGAAACUGAUGACUGGUAUCUAGCUCAUCCCCUCCAUCCUUUGGGACCCAAGGAGAGGCCUUGAUUUCAUCUUAGAAAAUGAACAUGGGAUGGGAUCAAGAGGGAAAUUGGGUGCUCUGCCUCAGGUUGUCAAAAAUGCUGCCACCCACAUUAUCAAACAUGUGAGUCAAGCCCAUGAGACGCCCCCUUAAGGGCAGCAUCCACUGGGGUGUAUCAGCCUGACACUCCUGCAGUAGUCAUAGGUGAUUGAAUGGCAGCCAAUGCUGGCCCACCCAGAGUAUUGGUGCAUCUCGCCUAACACCGGAGUUCAGCAGUGCAUGUUGGUCAGGUGGAUAUCCUGUAACAUAAAUGCUCGUUUGGAUCCAAAAGGAAAACCAUUAAAAAUAAAAGGAAGAUGAACAACUUUAUUGCUGGGGG